AUGGAUGAUCUUUUAGUUUAUUCAGUAGAACAGGUAGCUUUUGAGGGGAAUAAAGGGUGCAGUCUUUCAAGAUUAUGGGAGAUUAUAGAGGAGUUUUAUAAUAUACAAUUUGAUUCAUGUAUUUAUAGUAUUGAUGAGGAUUUUAAGAAUUAUUUUUGGGGAUUUUUUGUUUUAUUACCAGAAAUAGUACUUAAUGAGGUUGACGAAAAGUCUACAUCAUCAAAUAUAAUAUUAAAAAAUAUUAAGACGAAGGAAGUUGACUUGAAGUUAUUGAAAAAACGGUAUAAUGAUACGUUAAGGAUAUCAUUAAUACUUGAAAAACAAUUUUUGGUUCUUACUGGUAAAGAGUUUGAUGAAGGAAAUAAGUAUGUUGUAAGAUAUUUUGAUCUUCUGUCUAUAAUAUGUAAACAUAAGGGGAAAGGGAUUAAUCAGAUUGAUCUUGCUAAACAGUUAAACAUUGAUUCACGUAGUUUACCAUCUCGUAUAAAUCCAUUAAUUGAAAAAGGACUUGUUAUAAGACUUCCUAUUAUUAUUUCUAAGGCUCAGACAUUUUUAUUGAUGCAUAGCCGUUAUGCUAAUGAUUCUUUGAAAAGAAAUCUGAAUAAUUCCCAAGAUUCAGAGGAUAUAGACAAUAUUGUAGAUAUAAAUUACUUAAGGAUAUGUAUUACCAAUUUGCUUUCUAAAGCCGAAAACAGUGUUAUGAGAUAUGUUGAUCUUAAGCGUCUUUGUAAAAUUAACAAUAAAUUGUUUCGUCGUGGAUUUUCCAAACAGAUAAGAUCUAUGGAGCAAUUAGGAUUUUUGGAAAGAUGUAGAGUUGCAAACAAUAAGGGAUAUUCUAAAUGUGUGAAAUUAAUUAAACCUUAUAAUAUAGAUGCUGCAAAAGAAGAAAGCGAUGUUAAUAUAGAUAGUAAUGAUGAGAGCAAUAGUUCUACAGAUAAUGACGAUAAUAAAGACGAAAUUUCCUUUGAUUUAGUAAAACCUGCUAUUACAAUUUCGCGUGAUUUAACAAUUGAAUUUCUUCUUUUUCAAGAAAUAAAAAAUUGUGGUAAAAAUGGGAUUUCUGGACCUGAUCUUAAGAAACGAAUUGUAGGAGAUCAAUGGUCAAGACCGCUACAGUUAAUUUUGGAUAAAUUAUCUUUAGUUCCAGAAAAGUCGUCAAAUUUAAAUGAUAUACAGCCAGAUCAUUUGUCCUAUUUUACAAUUUAUAGGGAGCAAGAAUUUGUUGGUCGAGUAAAUCAAUAUCGCUAUUUAUCAUCUUUAAGUUAUCAGAGUUUUUGCCUUGAAAAUAAUAUAAUUAAUAGAACAAAACAGACUGAUUUGAAUGUAAUAUUUCCUAUAUAUGAUGAAUUUAAGUUCUAUUCAUAUGAUGAAAAUCCGAAUAUUUUUAAUAGAAAUGUUAAAAAUAAACUUGUAAAAUUGGAAAAAACUAAAAAGUGUUCAGAUGAUAUAAAUGAGGACUUUGAAGAGAGAAAAUCAUUUAGGGAUUCUCAUAUUGAAAAUGAUAUAUCUCAAAAUUCUUUACAUGUUGACUCUAUAGAAAAAGAGACAAAAGAUAAAUUAGUUGAUUCUGAUUCUACUGAUUCAAAAUUAAGAUCUAAAAGAGCAAAUUCUGAAGAAAAGAUUCAAGAAACAUUUCCACAUAAAAGAUCCAAGAAAACAUCUAUCAAGCACUCGACUACUACUGUUACAGAUUCAUCUUCCAUUUUAAAUACGAGCAACACUUUGGAUGAUCCUGAAAUGUCAUUCUUUUCAUCUAUAACGAAAGAUCAUAGUUCUCAGACUUCUAGUCAAAUUUCUACAUAUUUACAUGAAACUUCUAUCGAUCCUUUAAAGAAAUUAACGUUUCAAGAACAUAUAGAUAAAAACGAUUUUAAUGGAAAUCUGAAUUAUGGGAUUGAUAAAAUUGAUACUUCUGUUUCUAAAAAAAAUUCCAUUUUGGAGCUUUCUAAUGAAUCCAUCUCGAAUAAUAAUACUACUGACAAAAAGGCGGAAUUGCCCUUUCCAAAAUAUGAUUCACGAAUAAGUCUUGCUUAUGUUCGUAGACAAAAUUUAAUAUUAGAAAUACUUCAUAAAAAUGGUGGAAUCUUGCAAGGAGGAAAAUAUUUAAAUGAUCAGUAUAAUCUAGCAUUUAAAAAUAAAACAUAUUCUUCUUUAGAUUAUGAAAUUGAUCGAAAAACAAUGGAGAAAACUCUUGACUCUUUAAAAAGAGCUGGAAAAAUUCAUCAUAUUUGCGUGGCUUAUACAAAUGCUAAAGGUACCAAAAAUAUGUUUUGGAUUGUUGCAGAUACAAAGUAUGAUAUCGAUGGUCUUGAAAUUAAUGAUUUUAAAGAUAAGAUUUUAAAAGAACGUUUAAUGAAAACUCAGACAUAUAAGCCUUUGCCAUUGAAAAUUGAAAAUUUGGUUGUUGAUUUUCCUACGAAGCUCAAAAGGAAGAGUCUUUCAUUUACUAAUAACUCUAAGUUUGUAGAAUCAAGUCAUAAUCAAUAUAAAGAUGCUUCUGAAGAUCACAUUUUACAAGAGCAUGAAUUAAUAUCUCAGAGUGAUUCUACAAUUAAUAAUCGAUCUCUCUCAUCUAUAGUUUCUGAAACAAAAACAUCUUUUGUUCCUACUUUUAUAGAUGAUAAUAAGUUGGUAUUACAGAAACCAGAUACAAAAACAAAGACGAAAUCUAAACCUGCUAAAAAAUUGCAGCUUGGUAAAAAAUUGCUGAAUUAUAAUACUGCAGAUGUUUUUCCAUUUAUUGGAAGACAUCGUUUUUUAAAUAAGAACAAUUUGGAUGAUGGAGUUAAUGAAAUAGGUGAUUAUCAAAGAAUUUGUAAGAGUGCAUCAAUACGCAGGAAAAAUAAUUUUACUUUAAACGAUGAUGAUGUUUUGGUUAGAGCAAUUUUUCUUAGUAAAUGGGCAUAUGGUGGAAAUACUGGGCUCAUUGAUUGGGAACUCAUUAAGAAAAUUUUACCUCGUUAUUCAGAAGCAGAAAUAAAAUCACGGUUUAGUACACUUCGUUCAAAAAAUUACAUUAAAGAAAUAGGCAAUUUCUUUGCUAGCUUUUGGGAAUCACAUUAUCAAAACGCUAUAGAAAAUGAAAUUCUAUCACCUAUUUCGCCUGUAUCGAAUUAUUCUGAUAUAUUAACACUUGUAGAAUAUUCUAAAACGCUUGAUAUUUUAGAGAAUUAUGAUGAUAUUGAACUUCCUGAUACUAUUGAGGAGAUUACUGCAAACUAUAUUAUUAAGAAUGUAAAUAAUACAGAUGAUAUACGCCAUAAUUUUUUUGAUUCAUCUCUUUCUUUAAAUGCUAGAGAAAUUAUAUUAUAUGAAACUGCAUUUUCUUAUUCUGAUACUGAUAAUUUUUUUCAAAAUCAAGAUGAAAUUAAAUCUAUAAUAAAAUCAAUACUUAUAACUCCUGAAGAAAAUUAUGAUUCAGAAGUUGCUAAAAAAUUGUUGGAAUCUUAUGAAGAAGAUCAUAUAGAAUCUGUAUUACAAGAGUUAAUUCAAGAGAAACUUAUAGUACGAUCAAAAUCUGAAUUAAAUAGAAUUUUACCUGGGAGAAAUUAUAGGUUUUCUGAUAAAUUUUUGCUUACUUUUAAAACAUGUUUUCCUGAUUUUUUGUUUUCUCAAGCUGUUGAGUUUUAUACACAAAUUACACAAGAGUUUCAAAAGAAUAAUUCUGUUACAUUAUCUGAAUUUAUUAAUAGUGGUUCUAUGGCUUGCAUAUUGGAUCUUGCUGCGCAUAAUUAUAUUACAUUUUCUAUGGAAAAUGUUUUGGAUGUUUUUUCAAAUAAUAUUCAUCAAUAUAAUACUCAAGAUUGGGAAGAUUAUAUUAUAGAUUUUUCUGUUGUUGUUCAACUAAAAGAUAUUUCAUAUACUUCACUUGACAAAUCAAUAAAAUAUGAAAGUCCUUUAAAAAAUUUUGUUUGGGUAGAUAUUUCAGGAAAUAUACUAAAAACCGUAUAUGAUCAGUAUCUUCAAACUAUAUUAAGUUUAAUUAUACAACGUCCGGGAAUUAAUUUAUCUGAAUUGGCUUGUAUUCUUCAUCCUGCCGUGGAUAUUCAAGAAAUUAAAUUCAUUGUUUCUUCUUUAAUACCAAAUAUUGUAAAUAAUAAUUUUGGGGCAUUAUAUGUAAAACAAUUGUACUAUAAAUGUAUGAAUAACAAUUAA